AUGUUGAAGAAGAGGGUCGGUCAGCAGUCCAGCAUCAUAAAUACCACCUCCAUCACCAGCAUCUUUAUCUUACCUCUGAAGAAGACUCUCACAUCUACCCUGAACCAGAACCAGCAUCAAUGGUCACAGUUCAUUAUGCUUCUGAGGAGUCUCCUGCUGCUCUUUCUGCUUUUCCGCUGGACAGAAAGUCAGGAGGAAGUAAACCCAAAGGCUCUCAUCCAAAUAAUGGACAUUGUUAACAAGAUUAUUACAAACAAAAUAACAGGGCGUCCAUACGCUGUCGCCAUUAACGUACCAAGGAAUCAAUGUCUCGAUCCAGAAAAUCUUGAAGGUUUGAGGAAGAACUUAUCAAGGAAUGAGACAUACAGACAACAGCUGCGCAAUAGUUACUCCAAUGAAUUUGACAAAGCUACAGAUAUCGUUGCAGUCUUCGCUGUGCUUUCAAGGGUUCUUCUUGGGAUUGUGUUGCUUUCGGAUAUUCACAGUGUGGCGAAUGAAGAGGUGGACAUAAACACUCUCGCCAGAAUUCAAAGAUUUUUUUAUCAAAAGUAUGUUUUCAUUUAUGAAAAUGGACAGUUUGCAGUAGCCAUCAAUGUCCCAAAGGAGCAGUGUCGAAGAGGUUUCAUCCCAUCACAGAAAACGUUUCUGACAAACGACAUGUUGAAAAAUGUUAAACUUUACUUACAAAAAAAGCCAGUAUACCGAGGCACUGAACUCAUUGCUGCAGGACAUAAAAAAGCACAUUCAGAACAUUUACUGAUGAAUCCUCCAAAUAAUUCUCCUUUGAAACACUUGUUGAAUAAACCAAAUGGUGGAUGUGUGGUUUUCUAUACUGUACUCUCUCCCUGUGUAGAAAAGUGUCUUCAAAGUGAAGUUAUUCUUGCAGGUCUGGAAGAGUUAAAGAAAUACCAGGGAAUGAAAGCCUUUGUUUACACACAUAUCUAUAACAAAGACAAGGACAAACGAAACCUACGUGAUGAACUGAAAAAGAUAGCUGAUCGUGUGCCACUUUACAACUGUAACCUACAAUGUUGUGUGUUUUGUGAAGAUGAUGUGAUCGAUGAAUGUUUGCAUAACUGA